AUGUCCAAGACUUUGCAGAAAUUAGUUUGGCAAAUAAUGCUGAGGAUAAGAGCCUGCAGGUCUUUCCAAGACGGGCUGAAAGGAUUCACAGGCUUUCAUCUCAUAGACAAUCGCUCGGAGAUGGAUGAAGACAAGAAAUAUUACAACGUUGCAUUUAACUGCCAUGAAUUCAGCGUUUCAAAGGAUCAUUUUCCUUUCAAAGCGAUCCAGAUAACCAAGAAGAUACCAGAAUGGAGGGGUGAAGAUGAAAUAAGAUAUUUAAGAAACCGUUUGUUGACUCUGGAAAGUUUCCAUGCUUACAGCCCAACUGUUCAGUAUCUUCUGGCCCAAGUGAUUCGCUUUGAACGAUUUGGACGGAGGAGAGUAAUUAUCAAAAAGGGACAUCAUGGAAGCAGUUUUUACUUCAUCUUUGCCGGUGUGGUUGCGAUCACUGACGAUGAGGAUGGGGGCAGUGCAUUUGUAGACACAGCCCCAGCUGUGCUUCGGAAAGGUGCUUCUUUUGGUGAAGUGGCCCUUUUAAAAGGAGCAAAGAGAAUCGCCACUGUGGUCUGCAUGGAAGAUACUGAACUGCUAGUAGUGGAUAAAAAAGACUUUUUUGCCUAUAAGUUAGACGAGGAACUUCACCGAGAAUUCCUAAUUCGAUAUAACUAUCUGAGAAAGGUUGAUAUCUUUGAAACACUGUCUAAUUCUUCAAUAGAGAAAAUAGCUAAUUUCUGCAGAAUAGAGAGGUUUCACUUUGGGCAGGUUAUUACCAGCAAUAUUGGAGAAUCCUCCAACAUCACUUUUAUUACAAAGGGUGCUUGUGAUGUUUUACGAGAAAUUGAUCUGAGCAGCUGUCCCUCCUAUCACAAGUGGCUCACUAAACAACUGCUGUCUCCUAAGAGCCACCCACAGAUUAAGGAGAAAAAACAUCUGGAUUAUGUUUCAGAUAUUGCUUGCGUGGACAGAUUCAAAAGCUACAGGUGGAACUCCUUCUCUGGACACGAAUUAAGCCAAUUGAAAGCUCGCUAUGGUAGCCAGCCGUCACGCCAAGGCCUUGGAAAUCAGAGUUCUGUGCUCAGCAGGCACCAUAAAAGCGUUGUGUUGAAAGUGGAUACAGCUGACCCUAAGAGUUUGUUCUUUGGGCAACAAGAUGAUAACAGAGAAGUUGUACAAAAUGUUAUAUCAGGAGACCUGCAAAAGAAAUCAGUAUACUGUACACCCUAUGGAGAGAUACCAGCUUCUACGGCUGCAGCUGUGUAUAUAAGAGUGGAUGAAUUGCAUAAAGGGGAUUAUCUAGUAAAUCUGCAAGAUAUCCGUCCCAUGAUCUUGGUCAGCAAAGGGGUGAACCUCAUGCGUCUGAAAAAAGACAAACUUGAGGAAUGUGCCGACGAUGCCACAAUCAUGAGAUUGUGCAAAAUAAAGAUCAAGUAUCCAAGUGAUGAUGAGCUGUGUCAGGUCUUCCUCCGACAGAAUUCCUGGGAACUAUUUAAGAAAGAUCUGUUGAAGUUUGUGAUGAAGCCCAAACUUAUGAAGAUGGUAACACCUCCAGACUCAUACCCUGCAGAAGAAAUUGCUGAAUCUUGGUACAUGAAUGAAAAAGGUAUCUUGGACCUGACUCCCAUCCAGUGCCAUAGAAACCUUCCACCAGAAACGUGCAAAUAUGUACCUUGCCACCCAAAAUGUGCAAAGGAUGAUGAGUUCUUACCACAGAUCCAACCAAAACUGAUUCAUGGCAUCAAUGUAAUACGUCCCACUUUAGAAGGAGUGUUUUAG